UCUAUUGCAACCCGUUUGGGGGGGAUUGCACGCCAAGAUCAGCCCCCGUCUCAUCUAGGAGCUUGGCCUCUCUCGACUUUUCGAAACACUGUUUUCCCUUCUCCAAAUCAGGUCGCAACUCCCCAUUGUGACUGCAUAGCAGCUGUUGCUAUUGAGAGUUACCUGGGUCUCGUGGGAGACGAGUGACUUAUCAUACAAGAUGUCGGACACGGAGCAGGAAUGGAAGCCUAAGGCCCGACCGCAGUCGACGAUGGCACAGGCAUUUUCACUGGCACUGGACAGUGCCUUCUCGUUGGACACCGACGUUGAUCAACUCGAGAUAUCAGUGGACCAGAAAAAGCAAAUGGUGAUGAUCCAGAAUCGAGAACUGGAGGCUCUCCAGGCUCGCAUCCGCGAGGCGGAACAGCGUCUAAAGGCGCGACAGUCCCGCGUUCUGACCCAAUCCGAUAUCAACAAGGCUACGGGCCAUUCGCAGAGGGUUGAAGGUGAGGAAAAGACGCACACGUCUCAGUCCCCCCUGUCCUCUCCCAUAUCGGGCCCCUCGGAUGAAGGAUCGACGGGCUCAGCGACCUCUGCGGCAACAUCCCACGACAUGGACGACCCGGGUGAUGCUGACUUUGCCAUUGAUGAAGAUCACAAGCAGAAGAACAAGGCAGACGCAUCAUGAUUAUCUUCCAUACGACCGGGUCUGAUUUGAAAUGGGAUAUAUAGGGGAAAGGGGGGCGGGAUCCUGGGCUUCUUUUUUACGGUACUGUACGCUCUGCAGGACUAUCAUGGAUGGAGUGGGCGGAAGCAAGCCCCUUUGGACCCAUCAGGCUACGCCAUGUGGGUUGUCCCGGGCAGCUUCACGUCGCUGGCGGCUUUUAUGUUAUUAUCUUGGAUGGUGCCGUGACAGUUUGGCUCGUCUCUCAU